AUGAGGGGAAAAUAUUGUAAAGACCAGCAUGCAACCCUUGUUGAAAGGAAAACUGUGGAUUCCAAAAUCUGGGGGAAGAUGCUGAAUAUAAGACAAACUGCUGAAAAUCUUUUUAUUUGGGAUUUGGGAAAAGGAGAUAUAAGUUUUUGGAUUGAUAAUUGGUGCCCUAAAGAUUGGCUGUCUCCUAUCAGUAGUGUCCCUAACACUGAUCUCAAGGUUGCUGAAUGCUGGGAAGAUGAAGACUGGUCAUUACUUAAGCUGUCAAAUAUUCUCCAAGCCAACUCAGUCACAAAAAUUACUAGCAUUAAAAUUGACAGAAGCAAGCCUGAUAAAAUUAUUUGGCAGUCAUUCUCCAAUCAAAGUCUUACCAAAGAUAUCAACUCUAAAGUCUUCCAAUGGGAGCACAUAUCCUGGGGCACUAUCAUUUGGAACAAUUUUCUAUCCACUUCCAUGUCUUUUUUCUGCUGGAGGGCAUUUCAUAAACUACUUCCUACUGAUGACAUCCUUAAACUAAAAGGAUUAAGGGGUCCUUCUAAAUGCAGGCUUUGUCUACAUGAGGAGGAAUCACUGCCUCAUCUCUUUUUUGAAUGCAAUUUUGUCCAACUUGUAUGGCACCAACUGCUGUCACACUUGAAUAUAGAAAAUAAACUCUUUACUUGGGACAAAAUUACCAUCUGCUGGCAUACAUGGCAUAAGAGGAAUUAUGCUUCUAUACCCCUUAUUGUUGCUUGGUUUAUAUGGAUGGAGAGAAACAAGGCUAAGUUUGAAGAUGAUAUACCAAAAACUGAAAAGAUUAUUAGAAACAAGCUUUCUUAUGUACACAAGAUGAAUAAACUCAAAAGAUUCCCUAACAUUUCCAACUCUUACUCUUCGGGACAGCCUGACCAGAUUCAAGUCUACAGGGUUUACUGGAAACCUCCAGAUCAUAAUACUGUUAAGAUAACUACAGAUGGAAGCUUUAAUAAUUCAGGAGUAGGUGUGGGGGGUGUCUAUAGAAAUCACUUGGGAAAAUGCUUACUACAAUUUUAUAUUCCUGUUAUGGUUGUUGAUGCACUUGAAACAGAACUUGUUGCUGUUUAUUGGGCCCUAAAGAUUGCCAAAAUGACUAGCUGGUAUAAUUUAUGGUUAGAAGUGGAUUCUACAAACUUGUUGAAUUAUGAGGAGCAUGUGCCCUGGCAUCUUACAUAUUGGAUAAAAAAAAUCAGAGAGCUAAACUCUUAG